AUGACAAUGGUGAAAUCUAGUGUGUUAGAGGAAGAAUCCAUAAAAGCGUUGUAUGUUGUUUUAGCGAUUAUUAGAAACAACCUAAAUGGCCACAAAUUGUUUUAUUCCGAAGGCGGCGACCUAAUGCUACAGAAUGAAGUUGGCAUUCCCGCAGUUACAGACAACAAAAUCCCUCAACCAUUUGCUUUAAAUGAAUCAAGUUUUUUCUCGAAAUCUGUCGAUAUUGCCCCUGAUAUGAAUUCAGCCAUACAAAAACAGGACAAUAAUGUUUCUAAAUCAACUAUAAACAAAGAUGAGAUGCUACAAAUGAUGAGGUUUGGUGCUGAAAUGGUAUUCAGUUCAAAGGAUAGUACAAUCACAGAUGAAGAUAUCGAUAGAAUCAUUGCUAAAGGAGAAAAGGCAGUUGUUGGGCUGUUGAUUUUGUAA